UGCAAGUGCCAAGUCUUAACCACUGGUCCACCAGGGAAUUCCCAAAAUCACAUCUUAAAGAUUGGUAAAAAAUAAAAGGCAGAUAAUGCCAAGGGUUGGCGAGGAUGUAAAGAAAUUGCAAGUGAAGAAAUAACAGUGUUAGAGUUUCAGCUGGUCCCACUUUAGAAAAUAGUUUGACAUUAUUUGAUGAAGCUGAACAGACACAUACUCUGCACGCCAGCACUUCACUAAGUAUAGAGCCUAGAGAGACUUGCACAUGGGCGUAGGAGCUGUCUGUGCAAAAGGUUCUAGGCAGCAUUGUUCAAAAUAUUUAAAAACUAGAAACAAUCCAAAUGUCCUUCAAGAGCUGAAUGAAUAAACAAAUUGUUAUAAUUCAGACAAUAGAAUGAAUAUAUAUAACAGUGAAAAUGAGUGAACUACAGCUAACUCCAUCAUCAUGGAUGAAUCUCAAAAAUAUUGUAUUCAAGCCAAAGGAGUCACAGAACAGUAUCUGUAGUAUGAUUCCUUUUAGAUAAAGUUCAAAGAAGGAUAAAACUAAACAAUAUAUUGUUAGGAAUAGAUCCAUAGGUGACAAUACUGUGAAGAAAAACAAAGAAAUUGAUGAGUUGCUAAAUACAGGAAAGUUGUUACCUUGGAGUGGGGCACACAGGGGCUCAUAGGGUAUUGGAAAUGGUCUAUUUCUUAAUCCACAGGGUGGGUUCUUGUAUGUUCAUAUUAUUGAUACUUAAACUAUAAAUUGCUCAUAUAUUUUUAUACACUUUUUCUUAUGUAUGAGAAAUUUCACACUAAAUUUUAAAAUACCGUGUGUGCGUGCAUAUUUCUGGGAGAGUCCACAUUCAUCAGGUUAUCUAAGGAGUGUCUGGUCUUCUAACAGAGUACACCUGGGCAUGAAGGUUUCUGUGGUCCCAUCCUGCUCUGAUAUUCAUCCCCAUGAUGGACAGAGGCCUUGUGUCAGCCUGAUUAUGGCUCAUCCUGGUCAGCUGACCUCAACCCCCCUCUGCCUUGGAACAGGACAUAAACCAGGUUCUGUUUCUGGAAGAACCAACAGAAAAAACCCCAACCAAACCCAGCCAACGAUUGAGAUCUCACCUAGUUCUGUUGUGCACACAUUUCUGGAGUGCAAGCUAUGUAACAGGAUAUAUCAGGUACUGUCCUUUUCCCUAGUAGGGAAGUCACACAGAUAAAGUACUAGGCAAAAAUACAAAGCAAUAUAAUGGGGGAGUUUACUCUAUUAUGGGAGGUGGUUAUCAGGGAAGGCUUUAGAGUGGAGGUGACAUCUGAGGUUUUAAAGGAUGAAUAGGAGUUCUCCAGGUAGACAAGAGGAAGAUGGACAGCCUACUUAAAAAUCCAGAAGUGUAAAAAGGCACAAGGUGUCCAAGGAACCAUUAAUAGUUGAGUAUCUCUCAUGUUGCUGGAGAGUAAAGCACAAUUUGGAGAUGGUAAAGGAAUUUUAAGAAGAAUGAGGAGAGAAUUGGAAUAGCAAGAGAUGUGGUUAAAUAGGCAGGCAGAAUCUUGUCUGUACAGCUGAAGGUGUUUUGAUAUUAUCUUGGAAAGAUUGGAAGAUUUUAAGAAAUUAUCUUUUUUCUGAUUGCAUAAGUAUCAAAUGCUCAUUGUAGAAAAGUUGUCAGAUAAAGAGAAGUAUAAAGAAGAAAAUAAAAUUACCUCAAAUCCAGGGUUAAUUAAAUCACGUUGAUGUGUUGUUGUCUCUCAGAGGAGUUUUAUGCAGAAGAGUGAGGUGAUCAGAUGAGUUUUAGAAAAGGCUCUGGCAGCUGGUGAAUAUCAUGUGGCUGGAAAGAUACCGGACACAGGGUAACCAGCGAGGAGGCUGCUACAGUGGAAGGUGAUGGGUGGGGACCCUCUGUGGGGAUGCUGCAGCAGUGGGAAUGGGGCUUCGUAGCAGAUUUAAAGGUGGGAUUCUCAGGACCAGUUGGAUGGGACAUGGGGUAGAAGAGAGGAGGGGAACAUGACUCCCAGAGAGAUUCUGAGUGUCUCCAUCCAUAAGCUGGUGGAGGAGACACAGGCUGGGAGCCAGGAGACCUGGGUUCUCAUUUCAACUCUGUCACUUCCAACCUGUGAGACUUCACAGCCACAGUUUCCUGACCCCCAGAUUGGAAAGAUGAUUCCAUUCCUGCUUUCCUCACAGGCUUAUCAAAAUGGUCCACGGGUCAGAGGAGAUGAACGUCCUUGAUGGGUGUGGUUCCAGGCUUUCCUCCUGAAACCUCCUCCUUUCUCUGACCAUCAGCCUCCAGAAGGCCAAGGCUGACCCACCACCCCACUAUUUUCCCCUUUCUCUUCUCUCUGCAUCCUUCACAGAGGACAUCUCUCAUGCUGGUCACCCUGAUGAAAAUGCUCUAAACACCCUCAUGCACCACCAUUAAUUCAUUCACCUUAUAUAACUGAUGCCCUAGUAUGUUCCAGAUAUUAGGAAUAUGGUAGUGUAUAGGACAGCCAAGAUCCCUGCCCCCAUGGAGCUCGUAAGCCACCAAGAGGAGACAUAUAAUAGAUAAACAAAUUUUAAAAUUUGGAUAGUGAUGUAAUGAAAGGAAUAAAAUAGGAUGAUAGGGUGAUGUGAUAGAGAGUGGGCAUACACUUUAAAUCUGAGUGGUCAGGAAGGGACCACUGAACUGAGACCUGAACAACUCAGGCAGAGGAAACAGCAAGUGUAAAGGUCCUGAGGUGGGUUUGAGCUUGGAAUGUUUAAACAAAAGAAAGGUCAGUGUGCCUGGGCUUAUUCAAACUCCUACCUAUCCUGCUUAAGAGUUGCCACCUCUGUGAGGCCUUCUUGGAUCACCACCCCACCCCUUACUCGCUAAUUCAGCUGCGCCCAAUUUCCACACCCUUGUGGUCACAACUAAUUCUGACCACGCUGAUUUGUGAUCAACUCUUUGCACACUGGACUGAGAGCUCCUUAAAGCCAGGGACUAUCUCCAUAGCUCCACCAGCCAGCACGCUUCAGGCAUAUAGCAGGUGAUCAGCAUCUACUGAUGAAUGAAUAAAUUAACCAACAGGUAAACGAAUGAACGAAUAUCAGGUCCAAAUGGCUCACUCCUUUACUUGUUUAAACUCGCCUUCUCAAGUUCCCUGGUCACACUACAACUGCACCCUCCCCCCACACAGCACUCCCUAUCCUCUCAUAGUACAGAUCACCUUCUGAUAUACUAUAUGAUAAUGUGUUUACUUGUUAUGUUUCUUGUUUUCCCCUGACUCCCCAUGACAGAUUGUAAACACCAUCAUGUCAGGGAUUUUUUUUUUUUUAAGGGAUUUUUGACUGAGUUGUCCACUAAUGUGUCUCAAGAGCCUAGAACAGUGCCUGGCACAUAAAAGGCAUAUGUAGGAACACGUGAGCAAAGGGGUGCAUGAAUGGGUGAAUAGAUGAAUGAAUAGCGACUCUAAGCCUCAUACAACAGGGGUCACAACCUCAAAUCCCUUGCUAGCCUGCCCAUAACAAACAGACGAAGGAGUAAGUGCCCAGUUGUGACCUUUCAAUUCGAGCCAGCUAAACAAAACCCACCCAAUGGCCUGCAGGCCCUCAGUAUGCCUUCCUAGGCACUGAACAGAACAUUCCCAUUUUGUUGGUGGAGAAACUCUGGCCAGGUGGUUUAAGUGGCCUGCGGCGGAUGACAGAGCUGGUACUGAACCGUCGUUGAUCUCCCCAGUCUUUUCCCCGUCCCCGCGACUUAGAUACUAUUUCUGAGAGUCUCGCUCUCUUCCCGUAGUCAGAGGUCAGAGCCUGGUGCCCCCAGGAGCUGAGUCUGGUGUCCCAGUGCGUGCUGCAACGGGAAUGGGCGCCCGGGUCCCGUGAGUCGCCGGGAGCGGGACUCCCGCCGUCCCCCGAGCCGCGCCGCGCUCCCGCCCCUGCCCAUCCCCGGCCGCGCUGUCAGUCUCCAUUAGCGCUAACAGGCUCCAGACAGAGCGGGCCCGGCGCUGGGUUAAUGCAAUCGGCGCGUUACCUGGGGCGCAGGCUACAUUACCAGCCCGGCCCCCGCCCGGCGCGGUCAGAACCAGCCAGCCUGCGCCCCGCCGGCCGCCCCGCGCUUUCAGCGCUCCUCAGGCCGCGCCCGAGCGCCACGCGGCGGAGCCCAGCCCCAGCCCGCGCCCCACAGCCUGGCGAGGCGAGGCGAGGCGAAGCGAGGCGGGUCCGGAGCAGGCAAGGCAGAGCGCACGGCAGCCGGGAUCCCGUCGCCGCCGAACGCCAGAGUCUCGGCGUGCUCCCAGUAUCGCCGACUCCCCUCUCGCCAGCCGCACCCAUGCUUCUGGCGCGGAUGAACCCACAGGUGCAGCCUGAGAACAGCGGGGCGGGCCCGGGGUCGGAGCAGCCCCAGCGGAAGCGCAAAGCUGCAGAACUCUUGGUGGUGAAAGAGCGCAACGGCGUCCAGUGCCUCCUGGCAUCCCGCGACGGCGACGAGCAGCCCCGGGAGACCUGGGGCAAGAAAAUCGACUUUCUGCUGUCGGUGGUCGGCUUCGCCGUAGACCUGGCCAACGUGUGGCGCUUCCCCUAUCUCUGCUACAAGAACGGCGGAGGUGCCUUUCUGAUCCCGUACACCCUGUUCCUCAUCAUCGCUGGCAUGCCCCUGUUCUACAUGGAGCUGGCUCUGGGCCAGUACAACCGGGAAGGGGCAGCCACUGUGUGGAAGAUCUGCCCGUUUUUCAAAGGAGUUGGCUAUGCUGUGAUCCUCAUUGCACUCUACGUUGGCUUCUACUACAAUGUCAUCAUUGCCUGGUCACUCUACUACCUCUUCUCCUCCUUCACCCUUAACCUGCCCUGGACUGACUGCGGCCAUGCCUGGAACAGCCCCAACUGCACCGACCCCAAGCUCCUCAACAGCUCCGUGCUGGGCAACCAUACCACGUACUCCAAGUACAAGUUCACGCCGGCAGCAGAGUUUUAUGAACGUGGCGUCCUGCACCUUCACGAGAGCAGCGGGAUUCAUGACAUUGGCCUGCCCCAGUGGCAGCUCUUGCUCUGUCUGAUUGUCGUCGUCAUCGUCCUGUUUUUUAGCCUCUGGAAAGGAGUGAAGACAUCAGGAAAGGUGGUGUGGAUCACGGCCACGCUGCCUUACCUCGUGCUGUUUGUACUCCUGGUCCACGGCAUCACGCUGCCCGGCGCUUCCAAUGGCAUCAACGCCUACCUGCACAUCGACUUCUACCGUCUGAAAGAGGCCACGGUAUGGAUUGAUGCUGCAACUCAGAUAUUUUUUUCCUUGGGCGCUGGAUUUGGUGUCUUGAUUGCAUUUGCUAGUUACAACAAAUUUGACAACAACUGCUAUAGGGAUGCCCUGCUCACCAGCACCAUCAACUGUGUCACCAGCUUCAUCUCUGGGUUCGCCAUCUUCUCCAUCCUUGGUUACAUGGCCCAUGAACACAAGGUCAACAUUGAGGAUGUUGCCACUGAAGGAGCUGGCCUGGUCUUCAUCCUGUACCCAGAAGCCAUUUCCACCCUAUCAGGAUCCACGUUCUGGGCUGUCGUGUUCUUCGUCAUGCUCCUGGCUCUGGGAAUUGACAGCUCAAUGGGAGGCAUGGAGGCGGUCAUCACGGGCCUGGCCGACGACUUCCAGGUCCUGAAACGACACCGGAAACUCUUCACAUUUGGUGUCUCCUUUGGAACCUUCCUUCUGGCCCUGUUUUGCAUAACCAAGGGUGGAAUAUACGUGCUGACCCUGCUGGACACGUUUGCGGCGGGAACCUCCAUUCUGUUUGCUGUGCUCAUGGAGGCCAUAGGCGUCUCCUGGUUUUAUGGUGUGGACAGGUUCAGCAACGACAUCCAGCAGAUGAUGGGGUUCAAGCCGGGCCUGUACUGGAGACUCUGCUGGAAGUUUGUCAGUCCUGCGUUCCUCCUGUUUGUGGUGGUCGUGAGCAUCAUCAAUUUCAAGCCGCUCACCUACGAUGACUACAUCUUCCCACUCUGGGCCAACUGGGUCGGGUGGGGCAUCGCGGGCUCCUCCAUGGUCCUGGUGCCUGCCUACGUCGUCUACAAGUUCCUCAGCACGCGGGGCUCCCUUCGCGAGAGACUGGCCUAUGGCAUCACCCCAGAGAACGAGCAUCACCUGGUGGCCCAGAGGGACGUCAGGCAGUUCCAAUUGGAACACUGGCUGGCCAUCUGAAUCUGACCCUGAGGAGGAACCCUGCUGCACCAACGUUCAGGUCAAAGGUUUCCUACCACCCCAGACACUGUCUGGGGAUUCCUCUCCGACCCCCCUCUUCCUCUUUUCCAAGUUAACAACUGAUUUAGUGACCUGGUUUUCGUUCACUUUCUGUUCACCUGGCCUGAGGGCUGUGAGCUUGGAUUGGUAAGCCUUGUGGGAGAGGAGGAGAGGAGGGAACAGGAAAAAUGACUUCCGUCGAACCUCUUUAGUUUUGAGGAAGUCUCACCCAGUGUGGGAACCGGCCCGAGCUGACGUCCACGGGCUUGGGAAGGACUCCCCACCUCGUUUGCUGGUACUUUGGGCCGCAGAAGAAAUCCUCAGUCCACCAGAUCAGACAGAGGAUGUUGCUUUUUGGUCAGACACUGUAAAACCAAAACACAAAUAAAAAGCCCAGCUGGGUUUGGGAGGUACAGAGAUCUUGCCUCUCUCGUCUGCCCCGGUCAGUGCUCUGUUGUUUGGACCUUGGUUGGGGGGCUUGGGGGUAUUUGUCGCUGUUAUGAAGUCCGUGGAUAGAAGCUCUGGGGGGUCGUGAGCAGAAAUCUUCAUAGUCAGUUUUCACUCUGGUUGACCUGGGUUUGAUUUGUGUGUGUUCUGGAAUGUUCUUCUGGUUUCUGGCGCUCAGAGGGUCCAGAGCUAUGGGUGUCACAGUGAGUGGCUUCUGCAGAAGCAGCAGACAAGUCUGUAGAGACCGCAUGCGGGUCUCGCUCUGUCAGAUGCACGGAGCUCAGGAACCUACCUGUGGCUCCUGAGACCUUCCUGGGGGACUCAGGACAGGAACCCAGCAAGGCCAGCUGCAUGUCUCCAUUACGGGAUCCUCUGCUGUCCUCACGGGGCCAGGUGGGUGUCCAAGGGCAGCCCGACAGGCUGCCUGUUUCUGUAUUGUUCACAGACACCUGCAAAGCCUGUCCCUGGGAAAUCCCACCCAGCCUGGACCAGAAGUCUCAAGUGAUGGGAAGUGGGCCCUGAAAACUCCCUUUGUCUCUCCUCAUGGGCCGUACUUUGCACCGUGGAGGGCAGCAUGGAACCAAGCCUAUAGCACCCCGGUCACUUAGGUUGAGGGGAGAAUAGUCUCAAUUGACGGAGCAGGUUGGCGGUUGUAGAGAAUUUCAGGUUGAUUUCUGAUACAAACUUAUAAGUGGUGCCCUCUGGUGGUGCUGGUGGCUGGUCUCAGCUCUUUCAGAGAAGCGAUUUGUAGUUGGUAAGUCGGUGGCAUCCAUUUGCAUUUUUUUUUUAACAUAUGGUCUGAGUUUCUUACGCUCUCAUUGGCAAUCUAGAGUUGUGGGUUAUUGUCCUGACUGUGGGAGCCACUGUUGCAGAAUCUUGGGCAAAAAAAAAAAAAAAGGCCACAUCAUUUCCACUGGGAGUAGAGGGUGACACACAUCCAAAAGGUGCUUUGGGGAAAGUGGGGUGUCACUGAGCCUAAUCUAUCGAUCAUGCAGUCUGUGGAAGAUGGGCUGGCUGGGGGCAUGGCGGUGGUUUUCUCCCAGGGACAGGGUCCUUAUGGCAUUCUUUAAAGAAAAGUAGGAAAAUCAGUAGACCUUGGAUCUCUCCAUAUAAAAAGUUCAGUUCAAAAUCUGAGACAGCCCAAGUGGCAGGUGUCUUGGACCCUGAAAAAGAGGGGGCCUGGGAGCAUCCAACAGAGUGGAACAGACAGGUAGGGGUCUGGGAAUGAGAGCAAGGUGACCCGUCACUGAUGGAAUUUGGCCUCACAAGUGACUGAAUCCGCCCGCCCCAUGAAGGGUAAUUCCUCCCUAGGUGUGACAGCUUGUUUGUUUUUAACAAAGCACUUUCAUCCACGUUUACUCCCAUCCGCCCAGCAAGUACUGCAGGGCUGGCUUCUGUGUCCCCAUUCUGCAGGUGAGAAAACCAAGGUCCAGCAUUUCAGUCAUUCUUGCUCAAGGUUCCCCAGCUACUAAGGGAUCCAGUUGGACCCUCAAGUCACAGCCCCUGACUCUCAGCUGAGAGCACUUUGAAAUUCCCAGCACAAUAUGGUUCACCCCACCCAGGGCUGUCAUUAAACAUAAACAAAAAUCCAUCCAGUCAAGUGGCCAAGGCAUAUUUCUUAGCAAAAGAACAAUGUGUUGGAAGAAGGGGGGCGUGGGGGGAUGUCAUUUAUUCUCCUCUAACUGGUUGCUAGAGAGGAAAUGAUUUAGCUGCUCUCCUUUGAUGAAAAUAAUCACUCUAGGGAACAGUGGGUUGUGAAAAGCUGAGCCUCCUUGGCAGAAAUGAGUCAGAAAAGCCUGUGUAUCAGGGGCACCCUUCAGAGAGAGCCUGACAUUUGCUCUUUGCCAUCUGCGCGUGGCCCUUCUGCCUCCAGACAUUUGUCCGAAGGCGAAUCAGAGAUGUGGUGCUACCUGAACCAACACCAACCAACCCAGUGGUGCUGCCUUGCAGGGGAAGUUGGCUCCCGAGCCUGGGGAGGGGCUCUGGAGAUGGGGGGACCCGGGGCACCCAUGGACAUUUUCGAGGAGGUGCUGGCAGACCUUCUGGGUUCACCUUUCACCCACACUCGCUGGAGAGGGAGCAUGGGCUUUAUCAUAAGUAAUGUUUGACUUCUUAUUUGAGGCCUUUUUUUUGAUAGUAGAGGUUAUCGGGGAUAAGGGUGCUCCUGUGUACUGUAUAGAGCACUUUUGAUACUUUACCAGAUUUUUUAAGGAAUUAUUAUUUUCCAUGAAGUGUAAAAAUAUCUGUUUAAUACCAUCCCGUUAACAUCUACUCAAUGUCUAAUUAUAUAAUUUAGUGUCUACCUGUGAGUCGGUCUUCAUUCUAGAUGCGAAUGAGACAGAGGAGAAGGGGACCUGCCAACUCUUGCCAAAUAUCAUGCCAAAUAAAGGUCCUAAAAGCUGCCUUAAUUCUCAGAGGGGUUCCGGCCCAGGUGGGAGCCAGUCUCUUGCCAAAUGAUCCCGUUAAUGUGAGACCAAACAUUCUUACCAAAGAUAUCAUUUCUUAGUAAGAAGCCCACUGAGCUCACUUCAUUUCUUUAUUUCCUUUGAAAGCCAUGGAAGGGAGAAGAACAGAGAGGGAGUGUGGCGUGGGGGAAACAGCACAGCAUUUAGAGUUGCAUGGACCUGGGUCUAUGGCUGUCUUACUGGGUCACCUGGGGAGAGGGGCUCCACCUCUGUGGGCUUCAGAGUUCUCUGUCUGUAAAAGCAAGGGUUGGAUCAGAGAUCAAAGGUCCCAUCUAGUAAAUAAAAUUUCCUGUCUCCGUAACAAUGUUAUUGUUGUAAAUUUACAAUGAAGGAAGCACACGGUUUACUUUAGGACAUUCCAGAAUGAUCUAGU